CGAUCAACAUGGUGGCCUCCCCGACUGCAACCCACAUGCGCAACGUCAUUGAGAUCGAUGAGAUCCUGCGCACUGUCCUCCGCUUUUGCGAUAAACCAGCUCUAGCACGUCUCGCUCGCACUGCUAAAUUAUUCUCAGACCCCGCACUCGACGUCCUCUGGGAGAACCUCGAGUCGUUUACCCACCUCCUCAAGGUAUUCCCUCCAGAGCUCAUGUCAUGGCACCCAACAGAUGCUACCGCACAGCCUAAACCUACCGUGAAUCAUCUCAUUGUUCCUCGAGACUGGAAACGCUUCUCACAAUACGCACGACGCGUGCGGACUUGGGGUCCAGAGGACUUGGCUUACAUUGAAGAGCCACUGGUGGAUCAUAUUGCCUUUGGACGCGAUCCUGGGUUUAUUUUGCCUCGGCUGACGCAUAUGGAAGUGACGGCCACAACUGUCUCUGGCGUCCAUCUUCAAACCCUCAUGCUCUGCCCGUCGCUCGAGUCGGUCUCCAUUUGGAAUGCAGAUCCGAAUAUUUAUGCCACACGUUCCAUGAACACGUUCUUCCGCACUCUCGCAGAUCGCUCCCCGAAAUUGAAUAAGCUCAUCGUGCAUUGGGGAGACGGCGCCGCUAUCACCCCGCCAUUCAUGGAAGGCCUCAUGGACGUGUUCUCACAGGAACCUUCAGAGCUCAAGUCGGUCAACUUAUGGACUCCGAACUGCGUCGAUGCGAAAGGAUUUUCGAGUCUCGCACAGCUCCCUCACCUCACAACUCUACAUCUCAACCUCAUUGGGAACACCAACUUGCUCGUUUCGCAAAUCGGGGACAAUUCGACAGCAUUCACUUCUCUACAGAACCUCUUCCUUGCUGGAGAAACCGAGGGUUUUUACAAAGUCUUCAGGUGUUUUGGCUGCUCAUCGUCCAUGGUCAGCCUUGGCUUCAGCGUACGCGAAUAUCCCAAGUCUCGGGAUCUGCGGCAGCUUUUCGAGGCUGUUGCGGCAAAAUGCCCUUCUCUACGUCUACUUCAGUUUAAUGUACCCAAACAGGAGAUUAAUAUCCAAAUUGCGAAUAGACUAUACAAUACGAAUCCUGAACUAUACCAUCACGACAUGGAGGUCCUCAAACCUCUUCUUACCAUGCGGAACUUUGCUGCUGUGCACCUCGAACUCGGCGUACCACUCUAUCUCACGGACAUGGACCUGUUCCAUCUAGGUGCUGCGUGGCCGACGAUAGAGGUUCUUAACUUGUGCUCGGACCCGUAUUGCGAGCGGGCUAGGACUGUUAGGCCUGCAGCCACAAUAGUUGGACUUCUCGCUAUCACGGAAGCCUGUCCGUCUCUCCAGCAUUUUGGACUUUUUCUAGAUUGCAGUACAGGGAUAUCGGAGAACACUAUCGCGAGCUCGAACGUCGCCUCGCAUGCACUCAUUAACCUGGACGUGGGGCGCUCGAGAGUAUUGGAUCCUGCGCUCGUUGCGGCGCUGUUGAGUGGGGUGUUCCCGUCUUUGAAAGUGUUUCAGUGGGCUGGGAUGGAUAAUCAUAACACGACUAUCAACAUGAAUACGGACUCGACGGAGAAUUUGGUUCAGGAAGGGUAUGCAACUGGAUGGAGACAGGUGUUUGAUUUGUUGCCUGUUUUUAGAGCUGUAAGGGCAAAUGAGAGACGCGCGAGGACGUUGGCAGUGGAGGAAGGAAAGGAGCUUAUGGCCGUGGAUUGAAUUUGAUUUCUUGGAUGACUUGCGAUGUCCUUUCGCUUGCGUCAUUGAAGUUCUCUGGUCUACAAGCAUUCUCUUGCAUUCUUGGAUCUACGAUUUUUAUGUGCAUCGGAUAUGGAUUGCUUCACAUGGUACUUUUUUUUUGCAUUUUCUUGAUCUUGUGUACUUUCGGGAUGAUUUACAGACUGGUAUUGAUUAUGUACUAGUGGCCAUAGAAAU